AUGAAUAACAAAGAAGUUAGAAUCAGUGCAUUGUUAGUGUUGGACACCAUUUUCUUCCUUUUGGAAGCCAUCAUUGGUUACACCGUUCAGUCCUUAGCAUUGAUUGCUGAUUCAUUCCAUAUGUUGAAUGAUAUCAUAUCAUUAAUCAUUGCCCUUUGGGCCGUGCGUGUGAAAAAAUUAAAACCUGCUGAUGGGAAGUACACUUAUGGUUGGCAAAGAGCAGAAAUCUUGGGUGCUUUAAUCAAUGCUGUUUUCUUGAUUGCCUUGUGUUUUACUAUUAUCAUGGAUGCUAUUCAACGGUUUUUCAAACCAACGGAAAUCUCCAAUCCUCAGUUGAUUUUGGUGGUUGGUGUAGCCGGGUUAUUGAGUAAUGGUAUUGGGUUGGUAUUGUUUCAUGAACACGGUCAUUCACACUCUCAUGGUGGUGGCGGUGGCGACGGUGCAUCUGCUGGACAUUCACAUUCACAUGCCGAUGGUGGUGCAGCAUCAGGGCAUGUUUCCAAUGGUGAAAUCGAGUCGAGAAUCGGGUUAGAUGAGAGAACUCCGUUGAUUGAUUCCACCGUACGCUCUUCUCCAUCUGAGGUGUUUGAUUAUUUCCCUGACAAUGUUGUUGAGAGGUACAAUUCGGAAACUCCAGCAGUGAAAACAAAUGAAGAUGAACAUGGUCAUGCAAAUGAAGAUACAACCAAAAAGAGUAUCGAGACAAGGAAGAAAAAAUCAAUGAAUAUGGAAGGGGUCUUUUUGCACGUGUUGGGUGAUGCAUUGGGAAAUGUUGGUGUUAUUAUCACGGCUUUAAUUAUUUGGAAAACUGAUUAUUGGUGGAAGUACUACUCAGAUCCGGUUACAUCAUUGGUCAUCACUUUGAUCAUUUUCAAUAGUGCAUUACCGUUGUGUCGUAAAUCAUCCAAGAUUUUAUUACAAGCUACACCACCAUAUAUUGAUUCUGAACAGAUUGUACAAGAUAUUUUGAAGUUGCCAUUGGUUAACAGUGUCCAUGAUUUCCAUGUGUGGAAUUUGAAUGAAGAUAUCUUGAUUGCUUCACUACAUAUUGAAUUGACUCCGAAAUGUGAAGUAACUGUGCCACCACCAGCAACGACACUGGAUCAAUCUGCAUCCAACACAGUUGCUACUAAUGAUUAUUCAAAUACACAGAUUGACAGAAACUUGUUUUUAACAGUUGUGUCUCAAGUACGUGACACUUUACACAAGUAUGGCAUUCAUUCAGUCACCAUCCAACCGGAAUUUCCUAGUUUGAAGGGCAAGUCAGUCAAAUCAAAUAAUAUAGUGGGGAAAGAUGAUUCAAAUGCAUUUGGCAACACAUCAAAACAAAACUGUUUAGUUGAUGGAUUCACCAAUUGUGAUACUCAAACAUGUCAUUAA